AAACUAAAAUGUGUGUGCGACUCGUGCGAGAACAAUCGCACAUGUGUGACAGAUGGCUUAUGUUACACCAGCGUACACAAAGAAAGCGAUGGGACGAUAUCAAAAAUGUACAGAUGCUUGAACAGGACACAAUGGUUACCUCCAAACAAACCUUUCCUCUGCCGGAACAAGACAAAUCGGGCAACGACGAGCGCUCUUUGCUGUUACCAUGACUACUGCAACAAAGAUCUCGAACCAACAAUCUCUCCGCCUUAUGUCCCUGAUGGAUAUACGCUUGGCCCUUACGAUACUGUCCUGAUUGUAAUCUGCCCUACCAUCGUGGUCAUUGCUCUCAUUUUAUUUAUAUUCUGCCUCUGGAACCAGAAACAAAGGUUAAAGAGGUAUCGAGCGGACAUUGAAGCCAGUCCUGAAAAUAUGGAACCCCUCAUUGGUCACACACUGAAGGAUAUGAUGGACAUGCCGUCUUCUGGGUCUGGAUCUGGAUUACCUCUUCUUGUUCAGCGCAGCAUAGCACGAAUGAUAACCUUGCAUGAAAUUGUUGGAAAAGGUCGGUAUGGGGAAGUAUGGAGAGGGAAAUUCCGAGAUGAUGCCGUGGCUGUCAAGAUAUUUCCCUCAAGAGACGAAAGGUCUUGGUACAGGGAAGUCGAGAUCUAUCAAACAGUUAUGUUACGCCAUGCCAAUGUUCUUGGUUUCAUUGCCGCUGAUAACAAAGACAAUGGUACUUGGACUCAACUAUGGCUGAUAACAGAUUACCAUGCUAAUGGUUCCUUAUUUGAUUACCUUAGUCAUAAUGUUAUAGAUAGUGCCAUUAUGUGCAAAAUGGCUUAUUCAAUAGCUAAUGGGCUUGCACAUUUGCACAUGGAGAUUCUUGGUACACAAGGUAAACCUGCCAUAGCACACAGAGAUCUCAAAAGCAAGAAUAUAUUGGUAAAAAAAAAUGGCACAUGCUGUGUUGCUGACCUUGGACUGGCAGUUCGUUAUGAUUCUGAAAGUGGAAAAGUAGAUAUACCUCCCAAUCCUAGAGUUGGCACAAAACGAUACCUUGCACCUGAGGUUCUUGAUGAGUCAAUAAACUUGAAUCAAUUUGAAUCCUUUAAAAGAGCUGAUAUAUAUGCUCUUGGUCUAGUCUUAUGGGAAAUUGCAAGGCGCUGCAAUAUCGGUGGUAUUUUUGAUGAAUAUCAGCUGCCAUAUUAUGGGAUGGUCCCAUCUGAUCCUACACUUGAAGAUAUGAAAAAAGUAGUUUGUACUGAUAAACAGAGACCUCCAUGUCCAAACAGAUGGCAGUCAUUUGAGAGUUUACGUGUCGUGUCAAAAUUAAUGAAAGAGUGCUGGUAUCAAAAUGCUGCAGCUCGUCUUACAGCACUGAGAAUAAAAAAGACAAUAGCAAAUCUUGGUGCUCAAGAAGAUCUGAAGAUCUGACCAAAGAGUUUUUAGACCGUGGAAUCAUUUAAAACCGUUCUUUUACAUGAUACUCUGUUUAGCAUCGCUGAACGGAAUCACAGAUCUGGUCUGCCAAAAUAUUUGCGUUAAAACCAUAUUCUGUUAUUUCCUCUUCUCAUCAUAUUUUUGACACUCUUUCAAGUGUACUAAACUUGAGGUUAGUGAAUUUUAUUGGGAGUGAAAAUGGAAAAGUCAAAAACUAAUGAGAGGGAAAUGAACUCUCAUUUGCAUGAGUUUUGUGGAAGCUAACAAGAGAAAGGUACAACUUGUUUCAAAACGUGGUGCAGCUAUGAAGAGCAUUCAUUUUUUAAGUCUGAAAGCGAUAUUUUGUAGCUAUGAACUGAUGCAUAUUGUGAAGAUUUCAUUACAGAAAUAAUACUUUGUCAAAAAGUUAAACUCUGGCAGAUCCUACAUCCUGAAUGUAAGAAUAACUUAAUGUUUUUUGUAAGAAACAGUAGAUAGGGCAUUUCCUCUCCCAAGAGUGACCCCCCCUUUUUUUUAACUGGAGGAAAAAUCCUUCAUUUUUACUUCAGCUGUACAUUGCUGAACAAUGGUGCUAUUCUGUGAUUGUAUUAGAAACAAAGGCAAAUAGAAAGGGUUAAUCACAAGAUAAGCUUCUGUUGUGAAGUUAAAAGCAGUGAAACAAUUUUCUGUGUUUUUAAAAAAUAUUUAUAAAAAAAAACUGCACCUAAUCACAUAAAAUCAAUUAAAUGACGACUUGAUUAUAUGGAUAGAAGAAAAUAUAUUAUUUCAGUUUUCUUUGGUAUGUAUAUUUUUAUUUGAAGAAAAUUUUUAUGUGGUUUGUAAAUAGUAAUAUAAAUUCCUAUAAUUUGAUUUUGUGAUUAAUGCAUGCUUUUCAUUAGAAAAGCUAGUUCCUUUAGCUGUUAUAAACUCUCUUUGUUUCUGAAUUGAGAUUUUUUUAAUAGAAAUGUUUUUAUUAUUUAAAAAAAAAGUCUUAUUUUUUGGCUGUUAUUGAAUUUUUAGUCCGUUCUAAAUGAAAAUUUUGAAAAGUUAAUAAAUCAAAUAAUUGAGAAGUUUGAAAUUAAAAUAAACAUUUAGUAAAUUAGAAACCGGAAUGAACACUGAUCCUAAAAUAAUUUUUUGUGUAUAAGAUGAAUCUUUUAAAUAUGAAGAUAGUGUAAAUAUGCUGUGCCAGACAUCUCUAUCAGCCAUUGCAUUUGCUUUUCUCAAAAAACAUAUAAAGUCAUCCUUAUUCAUUGAUUAUCUGAGUAUGCAUUAUUGUUUCAUGUGUUUUGUGUAUUUGUAAACAAUAUGAAUGAUUAUUUUUGCUCUGUAUAAUGCUUAAAACUUUGCCAAAGAUUUCUGUGGAUGUGACCUGCAAGACUUUUAGAAAUUGUAUUUAGCUAUGUAUGUGUUUUUGAAAAUAUAUUGAGUAAAAAGAAAGCUUUUGAAAAGAAUUUACCCAUAAAAAAUUGUUUGCAUAGAAAAAAUUCAAGGCAAUGUAGCAGUUACUUUCAAAAAUGGGUUUCAUUGAAACAAAAGUAUUUAGCACGUGAAAUCUUUUAGAUCUCGGAAUAUGCUGCAAUUGAUCUUAAAUAAAAAAAAUUAAAAAAUUGUGCGAGCUUACGUAUCUGUCUGUGCAUGUGUGAAAGCUUUCAGAAUUUUCUAAGCAUAUUAUCCAUUUUAUUUAACACUUGUUUGUUAAAGUCCAAAAGAGAAAGCUUCCAAAAGAAGUAGCUUCAUUACAUAUUCAUGCAUAAUUGGAUGUAGAACUAGACACGGUAACACAGUGCUUUUAAUUGUUAUGUGGCCAAGCCUGCUAAUGACUUCAAACUUCUAACUAAAAUUAUGAUCAUUCUUUGACAAAUAGCAGGCUAGAUUUUCUAUUUUUCCUGCAAAGGAGUGUUUCUCAUUAUAAGUAGCAUGUGAAUUAUUUCUGCAUAUUAAAAUGAAGAGCUAUUUUUAUUAAGAUUUGAAAUCCAUCAAUAUUUUUAUAACUUUCAGUUACUACUCAAGUGAGGAAUUUCAAUUUGUUUCUUUACUUGUGGAUGGGAAACUAUUUCGCAUGUCUUCGUGAAUUUCAUAAAAUUUAUAGUAUUUAUUUCAAAUAUUUAAAAUCAUUUAAUGUAGUCUGUGAAAAAACAGUUGUUUUUCAAACUGACAUUUUAUAGGAGCUUACAGACGAUUAUCUACAAAACUAUUGCUUGCAACUUUAGCUGUUUAUAAUUUUGAUCAAUAAAAUAUGACAUUAUGAAUACCUAAAAUCAUAAUGUGUAUGUUUCUUCUUUCAUUUAUGUUGUCAAGGUAAUGCAGUACUUUUUAAUACUAAUAAUGCAAUGUUUCACAUUUCGAUAACAACAGUAAAUGAUUUCUGAAAUAUUUCAUUUUAAAUAAACAAGUUAAUUAGAAAUCACCCAAGUGUGAUCGGUGCUGAAAAUAUCACUUUUUCGCAAAUUAUGAAUGUGUUAUUGCUGCUGUGGUUUUUACAGUCCUUGGCUUUUAUGCAUAAAAUAUAUAAAAAAAAAAAAGUUGAAAAUAAUGCAUGGUAAUGUUAAAUGAAUUUAUAUUAAAAUAAUAAUAAGUAAUUUAAAAAGAAUUAAUGAAAAGAAGUAUGCUGAGGUUAAGAUAUAGAAUUUUGAUUUCUAAAGGCUAAAAUUUUGUGAAGAUUUAGCAGAUAUUCUUAAAGAUUUCUUUUUAAUAUGAUCUGUUCACUUAUAUAUUCUUUAAAUUAGUUGCUUGAAAGCAACAUUUUGCUUUUAUUGUGCAAUUCACAGAGUUCUUGUAUUAAAAAAUUUGGAAAUUGGGUAAAAAAGAUGUGCUGUAUACCAAACAGUAUUGUAUAAAAUAAGUGCACAAAAAAUUCACCAUUCUUACAUAAUUUUAUUCAAAAGCAUAUUCUGAGACUAAAACGAAAUCAAAUUAAAUUGGAACCCAUCUUUUUUUUUACUUCUAAUGGUGUGUGAUAUAAAUCUCAUUCUGAUUUUCUGCAGUGCCGGGAUAACAGUAAAUCAGAUUCGUAUGUUAGUAUUUUGCACAAUUGUUGAUGCUGUGUAGAUUAUUGAAAUGAGACGUAUUUAUGGAGGUGCAAGAAUUAAUUAGUUUUUUUUUUUUUUAGUGUACUGAAAUGUAGUUUACUGUUCUUGAAAUAAUGUAAUAAUGCUUGUGUUUGGCAAAUCUCUUCUAUUUCUGAAUGCUAAAUAUUAUAUAUCAUAAUUAUGUUAGUUUUUAUAUAAAUUUUAAAAGAAUGAAGUGUAUUUUUAUGUACAUUUUGCUUUGAAUUUGUAUGAAGUAUAUGUAGAAGUAUGCUUUGCUAGUAAGUAACUUUUGCUUUCAAAUUUGCCAUAGUCGUUUUAAUUUUUACUAGUCAUUGUCAUUAGAAAUUGUAAUGUGAUAAAUGAGAUUUAGUUAUUUGGGUUCACAUAUUACUUGCAGAACAUGUUCUUAUUGCUUAAAAUAAUCUUUAUGUAAUAUAAAUUAUUCAGUGUUUAAAAUCAUAUCCCCCGAUUUAAGAUUCAAGUACAUCAAUAAAAAAAUUAGUACGAGAUAAAAAGAAAUUAUUCAAAAGCAAGGUAAAUUAUUCAAAAUAAAAUUAAUUACUUAUUGUUUUUGCUUUUUAAAUAACUGUCAUGUAUCUUCUGGAAGCUGUGUACUUCCAAAUUUAUGUUAGAGAAAGCAGUUAAAAUUACUUUUAGCUGUCUCAUAGAUUCUCCACCUAUUAACACACUUUUAUUACCAAUUACUUUUAUUUCAUUUAUACUGGUAUUACGUUUUUUUAAUGAGCAUAAUAAAAAUGGUAAUCCUGAGGUAGCUAGGUUGACAGACAUCAGAUUCAGAGCUUAAUUUCUAAAAGUAUAAGUGCCGGAGCACCAGAUGCGUAGCUAGAGCACCCGUGGACAACUUAAGAUUUUGUGCCCCUUUCUGUGUGCAAAGAAAACAUUUCAUUCAAAAAUUUAGUAACAUGUGUUUGGCGCCCCCUGAUUGUUUUGCCCAGGGACAGAUGUCCCCUCUUGCCUCACCCUAACUAUGCCACUGCAGAGCCCUAUGGAAGACUGUCAGGAAAGAGAAACAAGAGUAAAUAAAUAAAUAAAAUGAUUAAUAAAAAGCAUUAAUAAUUCUAAGAUUAAAUAAGUACUGAUUAUCAAGGUAAUUAAAAAUUAAUUAGUUUAUAUUAAUAAUUAAUAUUUAUUAAUUAUUAUUUAAUUUACUAUUAUUUAUUUAAAUAAUUAAAGUAAUUAAAUCAUUAAAAUUAAAUAAAAUGUAAAGAGAUGAAUUAAAAUUUAAUAAACAAUUUUUAAUAUAAUUUUAUUGCUAAAAAUAAUAUUUUCAAAAUCAAAUGUCUACUAAAAUGUUGUUCAGUUACAUAAAACAAAUGGCGGAGGCUUCUUCAUAAAAGAAUGGUGGGCUCCAGUGCAUUCCGGCUAGAAUUAGAAUUUAUCCCCAAAACUAAGAAGUAUCAGAUCCAGGUUCCAGUGCUAUUGAAGCUCUGAUUGCAUUGAUAAAAUUCAUUAAAAAUGAUAUUGUAAAAAUAAAAUGUACAUUUAAAUCUACUGUGAAAAUGCAAAAUUUUAAUGACAGGUAUUUAAGUUUAUUAUCAUUAUUUGUUUAUUACUCUAAGCAUCAAAUUCAGUGCCAGAAUUCAAGUGCAGCAUAGAUAUUGUUAAUUAUUUUAACUAGUUCUUUCUUUUCUUAUUAUUGUAUUUAAUAUUUGUUUUCAUAUUAGUCUUUUUUGAAUAACUGCAAUUUAAAUAAUGUUAAGAAAAUAAUAUCAUUAUUUUAUCUGAAAAAAGAAUGAAUAUUCAUUUGAAAUGUAGAAUUUUCCAUAGUCUUAAAAAACUGUAUUUGUUUUAUAUUUGGGCAUUAAUGCAACUGAAAUUUUGAAACUUAUACUCUGGGUAUAGAUUUUUAUCAUCUCAUUUUAUAUGUGCAAUAAUUUCCUAUCUGUGUACUAUAGGUUGAGAAUCUCUGUCCAUUUCACUAGUAGGAAAAUUACUAAUUAUCAUUAAUUUAUAAAGUUAAAGACAUACUUCAAAAUUGCUAUCGUAUGUAAAUAGUAUAUCAUUUAUUUAUUAGCCUAAUUAUAUAAUAUUGUUAUAAACUAAUAUGUAUUGCGUGUAAAUUUAUGCUACUCAUUUUUUCCAUCUUUAAAAAAGAAAAUAGUGAAAAAGCUUUCAUUCAUGUAUUCAAAGGUUACAUUAUGGUAUUGCAAAUAAUGUGUCAACUGUCUAGGACACUGUUAUCUUCCUAUUUCAGUAGAAAACUGUUAUUCAAAUUUCUAUCCUACAUUUAAUUCUGUGCCUAGUGCUGUUUUCCUAAAUGUUGUGGAAAGUCAACUUGAUGCUUGUGAUACAAAUGUAGUUGUGACUUCAUUCUUGAAGGCGUAGUCAAGUUAUUUUCUUAUAAUAUUUAUGCUUGAUAUGAUGAAUAAAGAAUGUGAUAGUUGUAUCAAUGCUGGUAACUAAACAGCAUUUGUGAUGAUGUAUAGUACAGUGUUAGUCUGAAGUAUCGAAAAUAUUUUUUUCACUACCGAUAAAUGCUGUAUUUUAAAUAUUAUGCUUCAUAUUAUUCUUUCUUUAGUAGAAGGAAGAAUAGUUUUCUUUACAAUAUUCUUUUCUAUGUAAAAGCUCUAGAAAUUUUCUUGUGCUGAACAUUUGUCAAAUAAAGUAAAAGAAAAAUAUAUCACAUUAAAAUGUAGGAAUUUAAAACGCACAAAAUAUAUUCUACAUAAUUGCUGUUCUGAAUGUUGUAGCUUAAAUUUAAAAAAAAAAAAUUAAUUCUUUUUACAAUAAAUGCUGCAUGUUUAAAAUAAUCUUUUCUAUAUGUUUUAAUGAUUGAUUAAAUACAUAUUUUAUCAAUUUUUUGUAGUUUGCUAAAUAGUGCAAAAGCUUAUAUGCUAUAAUUCAGUAAUCAUAAUAAUUGCUCUGGGUUAUAAAAAUUUGGCUAGUAUGAAAUUUGAGUGCUCUGUUUUCUAAAGUGGCAAUUAUGUCAUUUUUUGUUUAAAUCCAAUUGCUACCAGGCUUUUGAUAUUUCUGUCUCCUUUAAAUAUUCUAUUGUAAACUGUUGAGUUGAAAAACUUCAGUAAUUGUGAAAGAAUGAAUAUUUUGUUAAAUUGUAUUGAGAUUUUUAAUGUAAAGGUUGGUCUAUUAUAAAAACUCUUAAUUUUAAAUGAAGAAAAUAACUUUAUUGUUUAUUUGCAGUUGGAUUUUUACUGAUUGUUGUUCUGUAAUAACAUAAAUAAUAUUAAAUUUUUUGUAAAUGCAUAGCUAAUUUUCAAGAUAUAUAUGCACGUAUGAUAAUUUAAAACUGCAGAGUCUGCUUUUUGAUGCAUAUCUAAAGCUCAAAUUUAAUGCCUUUAAAAUGAUACCAUGUGAUCAUAUUUAGUGGCUGCUUCUGAAAUUUUUACUGUCAAUAAUAAAAAUGUAGUCCAGGAGGAGUCAAGUGCAUGAAUAGAGUAGUAGACUUAUAAAAUAGAGAAUUAAGUAUGUGAUAAAAGUAGGCAAUAAAAUGUGGAAUUAAGUGUGAUAACAUAGGCAAGUAAAAUAAAGAAUUCGAUAUGUGAUAAAAUGGGCUAAUACAAGAAGGAAUUGAAUAUGUGAUAAAGUUGCCUAAUAAAAUGAGAAAUUAAGUAUGUGAUAAAGUAAUCUAGUGAAACUGGCUUGGCUGGAGGAUUGUUAUUUAUUAUAAAAUGUAACUAUCGCAUUUGAAAUGGCCAUUUAAACAAUUUUGAUAUGUGUAAUUUUUUUAUUUAUUUUUGGAAUGAAGAUACAUAUCAGACUAUGAUGUAAAAAAAAAAAAAAGAUUUGGAACGUGUUUAUUUUCUGAAGUACAUGUAAGCUAAAACUGCUACUACAUUGUAAAAGGCAUAGAUACCGAAAGAAAGGGUAAACAAAAUUUGUGCUAUGAUUUAUUAUUUCUUGUUAAACUGUAUUACCUUAUAACUACACUCAUACAAUUUCUUUUCAGUCUUAGCUGUGACGCUAGUAGUCACAAAACAUGGAUCCGAGUAUGUACCUUAUGCUAAAGACUCAGUUUUUAAAGUACAAACCUUCAAACUGAAAGUACAAAUAAUUAUGAUUUAUUUUUCCUAAGGCAUUUUCCUGUUAUUUAAUCAAAUGUAGAAUCCCCUUCUGUCAAGUUUCAAUAGGAAUAAUUUCAUUUUUCUUUUAAAAGGCUUCUAAUAAAAAGUUUUAUCAAAUGUCUGCAUUAACAUAACAUUCUAGGAUAUGAAAUUGAAAUAUGUGUGUAAAGAAGCUGGGGAAAGAAGAGAAAUUUAUUAACAUUAUAUAGACUACAUACAUUUUAAUCUUUUGACUUUAGAUCACAAUGGUGUGUACUGAAAACCAAAUGCAAGAUGUAUGUUACAAAAGAUAAAGAUAAAAUUUUGCAAAAUAUUUUUGCUUGUAUAAUUUUAGUAAUUGUCUUAACUUAGUUUGUAUCCUAAAUGCCCUAAUUAUUCUUCCUGUAUCUUAAAGCAAGUAUAUUAAAACAUAAGUGUCUAAUUUUAGUAAAAUGAUUAUUUAAAAACUAAAUUGUAAUAAUUUACUGAAAACUCAAAAGUAAAUCUAAGACAUAUGUAGUUUAAUAUUUAAUAUUUCUUUAAAUCAUAUUUGCUUGCAAAUCUAAAAAUUUAUAUUUACUAUUAGCUGUAAAAACAAACUCGCCAAAUUACUCUUCUAUUUCCAGCUUUCUAUAGGCACAUUUGGCUUUAGAUUAUUAAAAUGAAUCCUAAUUAAAAAAAUCUUUUAUUGAAGUAACAAAAGAAUAUUCUGCAUAAAACAAUUCUGUAACAGAUCAUAGGAUAAUAUUUAACUAAAUCUUUCAUAGUAAGUUCAAAGUAGUUUUAAGAUUACAAGUUUUCUUUCGGUAUCCAGAGAUAACUUCAGUUUUUGCUGCAAGUGUUUAACUGAAAAAUGAAUUUCACUGCCAAAUUACACCUGCUUCUGAUGUUAGAUGGUAUAUUUUUUGUUUCACACUGUGUAGUAAUGUAUACAUUCUCAUCUUGCAAAUUCUGUAAAUGUCACAUUUUGUGUAUGUGUAUGUAAACUGUGUUUUUCAAACUUAAAAUCAUUUAUAAUGUAUUGGUAAAUUUUAUUAUGAAUAACAGUAAAAGUUUAAAUUAUCACUUUUUAUUAGAAACAAACAUCAUAUAAGUUACGAGAAUAGAUUUUGGCAAAUAUUCAUGAAAUCAAUAUAUUUCAGUUAAAAACAUUGAAUUAGGAAGUGAAAAUGGAUGUCCAAACAUACACUGGAAAUUUGCAGGUUUUUUUUUGGGGGGGGAUGCUUCCACAGAAGCAUCCUCAUGAACUAAUAUUUAACAAACUUUUUAGACUCGCUACCCAUGUGCAUUUAGUUGCAAUUUAUCAUGACUUCUUCUGUGUAAUUAUUUUAUUAAAAAAACGGUUUAGAAAAAAAGAUUCCCAGUGGAAACAAAUGUGAUAAUGUAAUAAUGAUAAAUAUAUUGCAUGCUUAUUAAAAGACAAUACCCACUUCUAUGCAUGUGAACAAAUUAAACUUUUUAAACAAAAUUCAGAAAAACAAAGAAUAUAAACUGUUUGAAGCAAAAUGGUUAUGUGUAUAUACUAUUAAAUUAUUUUUAAAGAAAUAUUUUCAGAAAUUUCACCAUUCAACUAUGUAUAUUUUUCUGCAAAAUUAAAACAUUUGAUCUGGAAAAUUGCAUAAUACAAGGUAAAUUUUCAGGGAGGAUUACAUAAAUGUAUUUACAGCUUUCCAAUGCCUGUCAGAUUAGAGAUAUUUUUUCUUAUGGAAUCACACUCACCAAAAUUUUAUUAAAUUAUUUUGACAGUGGUUAAGUGAAGAAUCUAUCUUUAACUUGCAUAAUACUCGAAACAACAGUAUUUCAAGCCAUUUAAUCAGGAAGUAUCAUGCUUACCCAAUUUGUCAAAAAAAAAAAAACACAUUAUUUAGUAAUUAUAAAUUUGCUAAGAGUUGCAAAAAAUAUGUAUUUAUUUAACAAGAAAAAGUGCUUGAAAACUUUUUUGUCAUUAAACAAAAUUUCUUCACCUACUAGUAGUUUGUGACCCUUCUUUUGAAGCUACUAAUAAACUGAUAAGAUUUUGAAGCGCUUGUCUUGCUGUCAACGUUUUGAAAAUAUAUAAAUAAUAAACAAAAUCUGAAAAUUUUUUCUUUUAAUUUUCACAGCAACAAUAUUUAUUUUAUUUCAUUGUAUAGUUUUACUAAUGUCAUGUCUUGCUGGCACCCUAAUUUAUAUAUAAAUAAUAUUUAAAUUCCUCUUCCUUCCUUUUUUCAAAUUUUCUAAUUAAAAACAAAUUUGCCAAUACUGAUGUGUAAAUGAAUUAAGGUUUGAAAAUCAUAGAUUAAAUAUCAUUAAGUUUAAUUGUAGAAAAAUACAGCUUUUGUUUUGUACUAACUUUGCAAAUAAAACUUGAGUUUUAUCUCUAUGGCUGCCAAAUUGAUGGCUCAUUUUUGCUUGAAGCAUUUUUAAUAAAAUAUAAAUUGUCUUUA